ACAACAUGGAUAUUAUAUACAAAAUUAUAAAAUUUCGGUUCCACUUUAUUUUACAGUACGUGUAGUGUACUUACAGUGUACUUUCCUUAGAAAGUACUGGGUAGUAUAAGGUAACUACAUAGUAUAAGUUUAGCUUCAGAGUUAGUACCUAUUUAUUAUAUUUACUAUAAUAAAUACACAGUAUGUACAUGGGAAACAGGACUGUAAAAUAAAGCGCUACCACAAUUUCUAAAAAAAAAGGAUGACAAGAAAACUAUGCAUUUACAGUGGCAGGCUAUUGAGGCUGUGAAAUGGCUGAAUAAAAAACAGACAGAAAUGCAUAUAAAAUAGGGCUUUGAAGGUUGACCUUAGGAUGAAAAAGUACAAAUUGGACUUCCUACAAACAUAAUAGAAAUGGGAAAAAAAUGAAGGAGAGAUUAAAGGUCAUAUAGUAUAAUUACAUUUCUGCAUUCGGUCCAGUAAUUACAAGUAAACAUCUUUUACAUAUGGCCUCAGAAAAAAAUAAACAUAAGCCCUUUGGUUUGCUGUUAAUUGCCGUCUUUAAUGACCUCUGAAUAAUGAUUGGCUGUGAAUGUGCAUAAAGUUGCAUUAAGAGCGUAAUGCUCAGACACGCUUAAUGCCCGGCUGCUGAGCGCGGAUCUGGCAGGCACCCUGAAGUGGACGACACAGGGAUUAGGAGGACGCGGAGAACAGCCGAGACGCCAACACGGUUACCUCUAGUGCACUCGUCCGCUCACUUUCACUCAAUUACAGCCACACAAUUACUGAAAUCAAAAAAGCGCAGCUCAUCAAAAUGCAUGGAAGGCAAACAGAAAUCCACCUCAAUGGACCCCGAUAAGUUUGGUUUUUAAUUCCCUCGUCUAAAAAUGCCUUUACGUAGCCUCGCUCUCGCAGCGCUCCCUCUCUUCCUCUCGCACCGAAGCCCACUUCUUUGCUGCCCUCCCCCAAAGAGUGUCAUCGUGACACGUAGCUUUGAAAUACUCUGACAAGCUCAGAAUUGCUCAUACUGGUGCUAAGCUUAGAAGAGUCCAGACUAUUGACAAGGAAACGUAUCAUUUUAUCGCACCGCUCAUCUCGCAUUAACAAAUGGACUGAUGGCAGCUGAAUAUCAUCAAUGCACUGUGAAUGAUGCACAGCGUGGCGAUGAAAUAAACCUUGCUGGAAAAGAUUACUGUAAACGGGACGAAAUCCAAUUUUCAGUCACCCGAAGCAGUUUCAACCGGGGUGACCCUCAGAUCAACUAUUGACACCGUCCCUCUCUCCAUGUACUUGAAAAGUGCCAGAUGUGUGUUUGCUCCAUUGAGACCGGAGGAAGCGCACGCAGUUCUGUUCAACGCUCCGACGAUGGGUGGCUCAACUCUCCCUCGAGUGGAAGCUGUAUCAGGUGUGGAUCACAGGAACGACAGCGGCACUAUCGGCGAGGUCUGGAGCAUCAGCGGCAGCGGUCCAUGGCUCCUCGCCGUCAUGCUGUUCCUCAUAAUUCUGGUGACAGCUUGUGGGAACAUUUUGUUGAUUGCCUUGGUGUUUGCACACCGGUCACUACGCUGCACUUCCAACUGCUUCCUGGUGUCCCUCUUCUUGUCAGACUUGAUGGUGGCUCUGGUGGUGAUGCCCCCCGCCAUGCUCAACGUGCUGUGUGGGACCUGGGUGCUGGCACCCGGCUUUUGCCCCGUCUGGCUUUGCUUUGACGUGAUGUGCUGCAGUGCUUCCAUCCUCAACUUGUGCGUCAUCAGUCUGGACCGCUACCUCCUCAUCAUCUCUCCGCUGCGAUACAAACAGCACAUGACCCCGCCCCGCGCCUUGCUGCUUGUGGGUGGGGCGUGGGGCUUGGCGGCCCUCACUUCCUUCCUGCCAAUCAAGAUGGACUGGCACAGCUUGGGUCGAGCGCAGGACCUUUCCGAACACGAUUCCGCCAACGGCACGGUCCUGAGCUCCAGUUCCUUCUACCCCUCCUCAUACUUCCAGCUUUCCACUUCGGGAACGCCAUCCACGCAGUGUCGUCUCCGGGUGACUCUUCCCUUCGCCCUCGUGGCGACCUUUCUCACCUUCUUCUUGCCGUCCACGGCCAUCUGUUUCACCUACUGCCGAAUCCUGCUGGCGGCCAGAAGGCAAGCGAGGCAGGUGGAGGCUCUAACUCACCCGCAGUACCCGCACCACUUACCCGACGAACCAUCUCCAAACCACCACGCUGUCCACGAUGGAGACGACUACAGUCACCCGGAUCCACCCGUGCUGCGGCAUGCCCCGUUGUCGGUGAACAGUGAGCGCAGACUGGCGCACAGGCAAAGAAAGAGAGCUCUGAAAGCCAGCCUUACCCUGGGAGUGCUCUUGGGUCUCUUCUUCAGCGCCUGGCUCCCCUUUUUUAUCACCAACAUGGCACAGGCCGUGUGCGAGUGCGUGCCGCUCUCCCUCUUCGACGCCAUCACCUGGUUGGGCUACUGUAACAGCACCAUGAACCCCAUUAUAUACCCUCUGUUCAUGAGGGACUUCAAGAGGGCGCUGGCGCGACUUCUACCCUGUUGCUCUUCCUCUCACGUGCCACGCAGGCCGUCGCCGCCGCUUUCCCUUUCUCUGCGCAACUCAGGGGAUCCGCAGCUGCCUUUGGAAACCCCGUCUCUCGUGUCUGACCCGCCACAGCCGCCCGCCACGGCUACGGAUGCUGUUAAUCUUCUGGAUGCAGAACAGGCCGGGAUCGACCUGCCCCUGCUGCUGCCCAACCAGGUCGAUACGAUGGACGAUUGAUGUGACGCCGUGAGAUUUUUUUUGUCUUGACAAUUAUAGACUUAUCAACAAAAAUGUGAUAAAACAUAACGUGCUAAAAAAAUCAAUGGGACAAGUGUUAAGAUUUUAUGGACCGUAUUCAAAACCAGAGACUGUAUCGCAGAUGAUGAAGACUGUACCGUAUAAAAGAGAUUCAACACUGCUCCUGCUUCAUUCAUUACCAUAACAACCAAAACAACAGAUGCAGAAAGAAGACGAGAGCGAAAGAAAUCUCACUAAUACCUCACACAAUGUCAAGUGGGUU